AUGGGUCGCCACUAUCGUUUGCCUCGCGGCUUGUACCUCAACGUUUCGUACCCUAUUUUCACACUGACACAAGAGACAUGCGCCUGUUUUUACGUGGUGAAAAGUUGUACAGUGGUAAACUGUCGCGCGGUUGACAUUUCUCUGUUAAACAACUCGGAAGGAAUCAACGACCUGUUUCAUCUUCGUUCAUCGCAGACGAAUUACGCCGUUGUCGCACAGAUGGGUUCGGCUUCGACACUCGGAGCCGUACUCGGAUCAGACUCAGACCAGGCGAGCAGAUUUAGCUUGCGCAUAAACGGUAGUUGGUCGUCGUCUGAAAUCUACCAUGUUCGGACGCACGCGAUGCGUGCCUUCUAA